ACCAAGAUGCGAACGUCCACAUUGAGUCUAUCAUUUCGUUUCUGGACGUGCGGCCGGCUGACCAUAGUACGGAUGACCUUGGUCAAGAUCGUAAUACUGACAGCCCUAGUUCGAUUUCCAUCUUUCCGCUCUCUGCUCUGAGGAGUCUUUCUUUGUGUGGCACGGACAAAAGGGUCCCUUUUUCACUUGAUCUCGCUUACUCCUGAUUUGAUAUCUGUUCGCUUUUCUCUUUGUAUCUUUUGGGCCAUGGACAGAUCUUUCCCGCCUAGAUAUCCCGUGCUCGUUUCCUCUUCGUCACUCGAUGCCCUCAUAUACGCCUCUCUUCCGCAAGAUCUUGCCAUACACAAUCACACUUGCACAUGCACCUCUCCUAGCAGUCCUUCGCAACUCUCGCCACCUAAUCCUCCUUGUCCUAAUAUGGGACUCAAAGACACUAUUUUCUCUCGGCUAGACAGCUCGACGCCUCCCCCAGUACCUCCAAAGGAUUGGACGCCGCCUGGUAGCCCUUCGCGCUCUGCAAACAUUUCAGCACACACCUCGCCUCGCAACUCUCCUGGUACCACGAGGCGCAAAACUUCGAAACGAAAACCUAAACGCUCUCUCGGUCUUGGACUGCUCGACUUCAGUAUCCCUGGAGCAACAGCAACGAACUCUGAUGAAUUCCUAUCGCCUUCUCUCUCUGUGUCAUCUUUGCCACUCGCCACACCCCCCUUGGGCACGCCUGACCUCUUACCUGAUCUUCCAGCGCCGCUACCUCGGCAUCCCGACUUACUCGAUGAAUCCGAGGAUGAUGACGGCGAUACACGGAGCUGGUAUGAUAUGAACUGUGUAGUUCGACGAGGAGGCACUAUUCCGCAUCAUCCAUUCCGACAAGACUUUGUCCCAUAUAUGCAAGCAUACUCCGAAGCCGCGUUCGCAAAUGACGAGGCCACGUUCGAGUUGUUGAAGAAAGUCUCGCCACCCGGGUCACCGACCUUCUGGGACUAUGGCUCGAGACCUCCGGCUACGGUUCUUGAUCUGGGCUCUGGGAAGGGAUACUGGGCUGUGGAUGCUGCUACAACUUGGAAGUUUGCCGGCACGAAAGUCACAGCAUUCGAUCUUAUCGACCUUGGACGCCCUUUACGUGAGCAACUCGACCCCGAAAUAGCUGAGAACAUGUACUGGGUGCGGGGAAACUUUUUAUUGCGCAAACUCCCGUUCAAGGACAACUCUUUCGAACUCGUACGCAUGGCCAACCUUCAUCUGGCUGUUCCACAUCAUGCUUGGUACCCUCUGAUUCAAGAAGUGCAUCGCGUCCUUAAACCAGGUGGCCGCAUAGAACUUAUUGACGAUCAGCUGUUCUUCCCAAAGAUACAGUACCCCUUUGAUUGGAUUGAUGAUCCUCGAAAGGCUAGUCGUCGGAACGCAAGAGUCAUGGAAGAUCCUUUACAGCUCAAUUUCCUGCCAGGCUCUACUCGUGUCCCAUCUGAUCUCUUGUCCUCAGCCUCAUCGAAACCGGUUCCCGCUCCUGUGGCUGAAUUCAGGGAGUCUGUCGACAACGCUAAGUAUCUCGAAGCCCAAUUCGAACGCAUGCUCGUAGAAAAAUACGGCAUAUAUCCUCGUCCCCACAAAGUCAUCUCUGAAAUCUUCGACUCUGUCUUUGGCUCUACCAACUACCACAGGUUACUAGACAUGCAAGUCGCUGUUCCUGUUGCUCCGGAAGAGCCCGCCGAAAAGCCCACUGGCAGGCGUAGCACUGACGAUGAUAGGUCAAGAAUCCUCGGUUUAGGCAUCACGAUCGAGUGGGACAAGAAGGAUCGGCCUGCUCUUCAGCGGGCAACGUCUUCACGCACUAACAUCCCGAGAAUCCCGCGACCUCAAGGCAUGAGUUCAAAAGCUGAGAGGGUCUUGGUUGGCAACCGGAGCAUGGACUACAGGAAGCUCCCACCCUAUCAGGCUGAAGGCAUCAUUAUUCUGCCAUCAACUUUCAUCCCUUGCCAGCCGGAUGUUCUUGAAAUGCAUGCUUGUCGGCACAUGAAUACCCUUCUGGCAUGCAGCUAUGCUCUCAGAUCAUUCCUGUUGGAGGAAGCUCGUAAGUUGAAUGAAGCUCAUAAGACACAUGUGUCUUUCGACGAGUCGAUGUUCGAUGAUACCUUCAAGGACAUGAUGUCGGACUAUGAAAGUUUCAAACGCCGACGUAUGAACUGGCCUCGAGACCUUCCUGGUGUCAUGUUCGAGGAAGACGAACCAGUCGAGUCUUCGUUCAAUAUUCCCUUCCUUGGAUCGCCAUUAUUCAGCAAGGAUAGCGGUUCGUCACGUCCGAAUUUCUUCGGUCGGCAUCGUGCACAUUCCAUGAGCGGCGAGCCUUUGUUCAAGAGGGUGGAAGGUCAAGCUGACGAUGUUAUCGUGCGAACUUUCCGGGUAUUCUCCGCUAGGAAGCCUGUCCAUGCCAAGGGUGCGAAUGUCUGAUGCUCUGCUCUGUCAUAUUUCUCUUCCAUUCCCCUAUCCGUAUUGUUUUACAGAGACAAUCACGCACUCUCUUUAUUAUAUUUAAUAUUUCAUCUUCGCUACUAUUUAGACCAGCACGUUCCCUCUGCUCAUUCAUUCUUCUAUUUAUUACCUGCUUGACGACACUACACGACAUUUCUUCAUUUCCGCUUCAUAGAAGCCAUAAACAUGUACCUAUUUGCUUACAACCUAUCCACGCAAUCAUAAAUUAUUCACCAAUCUUUUGCGCAUUCAAAUAUAUGGUCAUUUACUGUACAGUAUCUUUUCUAAAAGUACACAAAAGCUAUAUUGCUUAUGACAGAGAAGUUCCAGGCGUUCCGGGAGGGAAAUGUAACAAAAGAAAUACGAUGGAUGAUG